AUGAAUAGAAAUACAGGCAUAAAUUCCAGUGGCAUAUGUCAAGUUUUGGUUUUAACGAUAAUAGGAAAAGGUGAUAUCCCUAUAUACGAAGUAGAUUUGUCCAUAAAUGGAAAAAAAGAUAUAUCUGAACAUUUAGCUCAAUUCAUAAUUCAUCAGUCGUUAGAUUCAUUAGAUGAAGUAGUUUGGAAAAGCACAAAUAUGUUUUUAAAAACUAUUGACUCGUUUAAUAAUUACAGUGUAUCAGCUUACUGUACACCUGGUCAUAUAAAAUUCUUGUUAUUAUAUAAAAAUAAAAAUGAAAUAAGUAAUUCGGCAUAUGCCAACAACAUACAUAUACCUUCUGAUGAAAGUAUUAGAGCCUUUUUCGAAACAGUUCAUGAAAAUUACAUAAAAGUUCUACUAAACCCGUUGUACGAGCCUAACGGAAUUAUAACCAGUUCCCUGUUCGAUCAGAACGUUCACCUUGCGGCAAAGAGGUUCUUACACCAGUGA